AUGAAAUCUGUUCCAUAUGUAUGUUAUGGCAACUGUUUAUACAUUGAGUCUAAAAUAGCUAAUGUCACAGGUAUUUCAGGAGUUAAUAGUAAAGGUUCAGUAGAAUAUAAGUCUUUCUGUUAUGCAGUCAAUUCAAUGUUCAUUCCAAACGUUCCUGUCAUAGCAACUCAUUUAGGUAAAUGGGUUCGCAUUAGUCCUCAUAAUUUGAAAGACAUGCAAUUCAGACUUGUUGACUUUCAAGGAGAGCCUGUAGAACUGAAGGCACCAGUGCGAAUGACUGUUGAAGUUGACUUUUUAGAAAAUAUUAAAUGCAACAGCUUACAAGAGAACUCAGAGCUAAAAAUAUAA